AGAGCCUGUCUAUAGUCACAUUUUGGGGAGGAAAUGUCAGCUUAUGACAGCACAUUAUAAUCGUCCAAAACAGAUUCAUCCUACAUUAUAUUAAGCAUGGGAACAAAGUAGUCUACCCAAGUUAAAAUAUAACCAAACUGUUCUGUUCUCAAGAACUGCUCAGAGUAACUCAUCGGCUACAGCAGGUGGCGUUUGAAAACUCCAAGUUCUAAAGAUGGUACCUCCGCUCUGCUUUCAACACUUCAAACAAUACUGGGCCAUGUACAGGUUAAGACUGAUAAGGAAAAGCUGCUUGACCCAAAUGAAAUUACUUGGCUUUGAUACUAGACUGUGUCAUUCUUCCAGACCUCCAGUAGAUUUGAUCGGUAUCCACUACCCAGCAGAAACAAUCAAUGGGAGAAAAUACAGAGACAACCAUCAGACCAGUCAGAUGCCUCUUUCUAAAAUAAACCACAUCUUAAAAGCUAAUGAGUACAGUUAUAAAGUCAAUGGAUAUGAUGGACGAAACUCUGUUAACUCAAUUUUAGGGUUAGAUAGUAACAUCUUGGCAUCAAAUGCUCUGAAUGAGGACCGCAGGAGUGCAGCGACUUGUCUCCAGAGUAGGGGAAUGCUUUUGGGGGUUUUCGAUGGACAUGCAGGUUAUGCGUGCGCCCAGGCAGUCAGCGAAAGGCUCUUCUACUACAUUGCUGUGGCUCUACUCCCAGUGAAGACCUUAAUGGACAUUGAGGAUGCAGUUGAGAAUGAAAGGCCGGUGUUACCCAUGCUACAGUGGCACAAGCACCCAAAUGACCAUACCAGCAGAGACUCUGGGAAGCUUUACUUCAACAGCCUUAGGACGUACUGGCAAGAGAGGAUCGAUCUAGAGGAGGAUGAGGACAGGGACGUCCAAACGGCUUUGAUGAAUGCAUUCAAGAGGUUGGACAAUGACAUUUCACUUGAGGCCCAGGUGGACUUUGGGGACCCCUUUUCCCACUUCACCCCUCUUCGGGUGGCUCUGUCAGGGUGCACAGCAUGUGUCGUCCAUGUGGAUGGAGAUGACCUGCAUGUGGCCAACCUGGGGGAUAGCAGGGCCGUGCUGGGAGUCCAAGAGGAGAACGGGACCUGGUCAGCACACACCAUCAGUAACGACCACAAUGCCCAAAACGCAGACGAGUUGCAGAGGGUUCUAGCGGAGCACCCUGCACUCGAACACAAGACGGUAGUCAAACACGACAGGCUACUGGGCCUCCUCAUGCCCUUCAGAGGGUUCGGAGACAUGAAGUUUAAAUGGAGUGGUGAAAUGUUGAACCGGGUGUAUGAAACAAGACCAGACAUCUUGUCGGCCAAUGAGUUUAAGAUGCUCCCACCUAACUACCACACGCCACCAUAUCUCAUUGCUGAGCCAGAGGUGACAAUCCACACACUGAGGCCAAAGGACAAGUUUCUGAUCAUGGCAACUGAUGGACUAUGGGAGCUGAUGCACAGGCAAACUGUGGUGCAGGUCAUAGGAGAACAUCUGACUGGUCUACACUGGCAGAAACCUGUAUCCGGGCUGUCUUUCACACUGGGACAGAUGCACAGGUUGCUCCAGGAGAGGAAAAGCAGAGCCAUUUUUGCUUUAGAGGAUGAGAACUCUGCAACACAUCUGAUCCGACAUGCUUUAGGGAGUGAUGGCUUUGGUACUGUGGACCCAAGGCGCUUGUCGAAAAUGCUCAGCUUGCCUCAGGACCUGGCAAGGAUGUACAGGGAUGACAUAACAAUUGUUGUAAUCCAUUUAAAUAGUGCCAACAUGUAAGCCAAUUAAAGAUCAGACAUUAAGGGGGAUAAGGGGCUCUAUUUUUGGCUGGCGCUAAGAAUGGCGCUCUUGUCAAACUGGGGCUCUGACAUUUUCCAAGAGAGAUGUGAUGAUGCCGGUGACCCUCAUAUUUUGAAAUAUUUCAGUUGUUUUCUGUUCUAUUUGAUUAGAAAGUCCUCUGUAGGCUUACCAACUAUAACGAAGCCGAGUUCAACAGCAAUGCUUCGUUGCGUCUUUUUUAUCCUGGCUAUGCAUAUGCCAAGCAGCCUAUCAAGAUUUUCUAAUUUUUUACUCGUGAGUGCAGUUUUGGAGGUUUAGACAAUUUUCACACCUGCAUAGCCUUCUUCAUUUCGCGUGUUUCUGUAUCUAUCCCCAUUUUUACAUAUACACCCCAGCUAGCACAGUGGAUCUGGGCCGAUUCCGGCUGAGAGUCGGGGCACUCGGCUGAGAGUCAGUCUCGGCUGAUGUCUUGUUGCCCUGAGCCUGGGCCGCCUUCGGCAGUAUUACUUAUGUCUGGCCACUCUAUUACUUAUGGCUAGGAUGUGGGGAUUCCGGUGAGAGUUAUCUGGCCCAAAUGUAUUACUUGGGGCUCGGGGCGAUUGGGGCUACUCUCUGGCAGAUAAUUACAUGGGCUGCUUUAUAUAAUUAACAUUUCAUUAUUUAUAUUUCCAUAUUUCCUCAGUUUUUGUGAUCAAAAAAUACCUUUAACAUUUAAAUGAAAUUCUUUUAGAGUCCUGUGUAGUAUUUUGAUACUUUGUGUAGGGCAAUUGAUAAGCAUUAAACAGCCUCCCGAGUGGUGCAGUGGUCUAAGACACUGCAUCGCAGUGAAAACUGCAUUUCUACAGAUGCUAGUUCAAGACCCGUGCCGGCCGUGACCGGGAGACCCAUGAGGCUACGGACAAUUAACCCAGCGUCGUCCGAGUUAGGGGAGCGUUUGGCAGGCCGGGAUGUCCUUGUUCCAUCUCAUUGUAGUGACUCCUGCGGCGGGCCAGGUGCAUGCACGCUGACACGGUCACCAGGUGUAUGGUGUUUCCUCUGACAAAAUGUUUUUUUGUGGAUGGGUAUAAUUUAUAUGUAUAAAAGUUAUAAUAGUAAUAUUUAAAAUGACAAAAAUCAGGUAAUUUUGUAUGCAUUUUUUUAUAUUUGCAUCAGGCUGCUUCUAGGGGAUUCUGGUAAAAUGCCGGCAAAGUCAGCUGAAUUCCGAUAGACGGAAACGGCCCGACGUACUUAGCUGAUUCUGAGCAGUCAUUUAUCUUCAUUCCGGGCCGAUUCAAUCAGUUCCAGCCCCCCGGAAGAGGCUUCUGGGCCGAUUCCUCAUUGAUAGCUGGGGCUCAUCCAACUUAUUUACAUUGUUCAGUCCUAUAAUACUAUAUCAACAGCAGAUAUCUUGCCUAUUGAGUAUGUACCUCACAUAUACAAUAUCAUUUAUAGAAGCAUAAUAUUUUUACUUUUGGAGAUGCGUGAAUGUAAUGUGUAAAAUAACAACAGUACAUGAAGAAGCCAUCUAGAACAGUGUGGACUGCAAACACCAAACAUAUUUAGCAGAACUGGAUGCAAUUCUACUAUUGCUAUUAUUCGUUACUGUAUGCUAUUUAAUAAAGGCAUCAAUCCACUAAUAUGUGAAUAUUCCGUGCCCUCAAGCCAAAUUGGAGUUCAUGAUAACUCAAACCGUCAACAGCAUACACAACUUGAAACAACCGUGAAUCAGUAUUACAGUUUUUUUUAUCGCUUUGGUACUAUUGUCAAGUAUGUGGUGAAUUUUCAAAACUCUUAGUACAAAACUCCAAACGGGUAACACUUGUACUAGCCACUCUUACAUUCAAAACCUUUCAUUGUGCAUUCAUUUUCUUUGUAGGCAUCUUUCACCACACAUCUAUUGAUCCAAAACAUAUUUUUACUGUGAAAUAUAACGAGUACAUUGGUUUAUUCACCAACACAGAAUAUAAUGCCAUCAGAGGUCUUUUCACAGUCCCCAUGUCCAGAACAGAUGAUGGGAGGUGCACAGUAUAUGGAACUCUACUCAUAUCACAUCUAUUCCACAUCACUAUUCCACAAGUAAAUCAUGCAAGCAGUAAAAUCUGAUAAAAAUACACCUCAUGGAACAACAGGGAAUAUGAAGAGACACAGUCACAGACACACACAUAUGACAACAUGCGCACUAUACACACAUGUAGACAUGGAUUCUGUGUUGCAGAUAUGUGACAGAGUAGUGGCCUGAGGGCAUCAGUUAAUGUGUUGUGAAAUUGGUUGUGAAAUGUAUUGUGAUGUUUUUAAAAUGGAAUAUAACUGCCUUAAUUUUGAUGGACCACAGGAAAAAGAGAUGCUGCAUUGGCAUUUGUAAUAAAUAAUAAUAC